AUGGCCAGCACCGACGCCCUACCAAUGGCAAACCUGGGCGCUCGCCGCACACGUGCGGGUGCCACACUGGCGGCCAUCGACAACGAUACGGGCAACCAUGUUGCUGAAGAAGAGGACUACCACGCGACGCCAGCGCUCCCACCGGUGUCCCGCGGCCAGCAGGCCUCCGUCUUAGUUGCGGCCUUCCUGGCCAUUGCGCUGUCCAUCGGCUACAAUCAGUGCUACGGUGUCUUCCAGGAGUACUACUUGUCAGCCAACCAGAACGUGCUGAAAGUCACGACUUUAGCGUCGUCGACUGCAGCAGCGCCCCAGCAGCGGUCAACGGCGUUGCUGGCCUUUGUUGGCACGCUCGGUGCGGGUCUGACCUGGGCCGGCAGCAUCUUUGUCAACCCGUGGUUGUCGCGCGUGGAGUACGCCGCCCUGUCGCAGCCCGCCCAGCAGCGCAGCCGCGGUCGCGGUCGCAUCCAGAGCAAAGUGCUUCGCGCCCUCACCGCGUCGCCGCGCAGCAUUACCCUCGGUGGCGUCGCCCUCAUGGGCCUGGGGUUCCUGCUGGCCAGCUUUGCCACCCAGGUCUGGCACCUGCUGCUCACACAGGGCCUGCUCUACGGCCUCGGCAGUUCCAUGCUCUACUUCCCGCUGCUCGGCCCCGCGCCCGAGUACUUUAACCGCCAUCGCGCCACGGCCAUCGGUCUGAUCCUGUCGGGCGGCGGUGUCGGCAGUCUCGUGCUGUCGCCCGUCGUGCGCGCUCUGCUGUCGGCCGUGGGUGGUCGCUGGACGCUGCGUUUUCUGGCUGCACUGUCCGUGGUCGUGGGCACGCCCGUCGCCUGGGUCGUGCCGCCCUCGCGGUUCCCAGUCAUGACUGCCGGUGGUGGCAGUGGUGGCAGUGGUGGCAGUGGCAGCCCAAACGCCGACAGCGAACAGCGCCCCGCGACGGAGCCCAUCCGGGUGGCGCGGCGCCGCACCCACAUCUCGACGGCCAUGUUCGCCACGCCCGCCUUUUUGCUGUCCGUCGCCGCCGCCUUCUGCCAGUCCGCCGGCGCCCAGCUGCCGCUCACCUUUAUUCCCAGCUACAGUGUCGCCCUCGGUCUGUCGGCGGGCACCGGCGCCACGCUGCUGGCCGUCUCCAACAUUGUCAACGCCGUCGCGCGCGUGGCCACGGGCUACGCCGGUGACCGCUUCGGGCGGCUCAACGUGUUGGCCGUCAGCUUGGCUGUUGCGGCCGUCACCGUCGGCGCUCUGUGGGGGAUGAGUGUCAAGGAGGCGUCGGCGGUCGGUGCCACACCCGAGCUGCUUGCCUCCGUGUCGUCCUCUCCCUCCGCGCAGCUGUGGCUCGCCUUCAUCGUUCUGUACUCGGUGGCCGCCGGCGGGUACUAUGCGCUCUUCCCCGCCACCAUUGCCGACGUCUUUGGCAUCCGCAGCUACGCCGCCGUCAACGGCUUCAUUUACUUUGUGCGUGGCUGCGGUACGAUGGUGGGCAGUCCCGUGGGCGGUGUGUUGCUGGGCACAAGCAAGGCCGGUGGAAGCGCCGCCAGCAGCAGCAGCUAUGCAGGCGUGGUCGUCUGGGAUGGCACUCUUCUCGUCGGGUCGGCAGCGUGCGUGUUCGGCGUGCGGUGGGCGGAUGCGCUACGCCGCGGGUGGGUGUGGCGGGCAUAA